CUUUCUCCCUUCCACUUUCUCUUUCUCUCAUGGCAGAUCAUACACGUUCACAUACAACAACAGAUUUACACAGAAUCCUUGGAAUCCCAGUCAAAGAUCUCUGCAAGGGAUUCAUGAAAUGGAAUCCUUCUCUGAAAAGCCCAAGAAAUUUAACCUCCAUCAAAGAACCUAACAAGUCCAAUGGUAGAAAGGAGACGUACAUAAUCAGCUCUCCGACCACGCCAUUAGGCUCGAGCCAGCAUCAGAACGUAGACGAGAGUUUCUUCGCCAACAUAUCUAGGUCAUUUUCCAGAAGCAAUAGCCGGAGAAGCAAGACGCCGACGCCAAGUCCGCGGUCAUUAUCGAGAAAUACGAGCCGUCGGAGCACAACGCCGACGCCAAGUCCGCGGUCAUUGUCGAGAAAUGCGAGUCGUCGGAGUACAACGCCGACCUCAUUAUCGAGAGAUGAAAAACGACGGAGCAAUUCAGAUUCGGAAUUUCUAAAGGAACCGAUAUCGAGAAUUUUCAGUAGAAGAACAGACGUACAGGAAUCAAACGAAGGACCAAUUUCUUCGGAGGCUAACUCUACGGCGAAUAUUGGAUCGCUUUCGAGAAAUACGAGCAGAAGAAGUCCUAGAAGUACUCCGAUCAUAUAUUCACAGUCGACGGCGCUAAAGAAACCGCCUCCGAUUGAGAAGAAAUUGGAAUGCACGUUGGAAGAAUUGUGCGAAGGAUGCGUGAAGAAGAUUAUGAUCACAAGAGACGCCAUCGUUAACGGGAUAAUUGUACAAGAAGAGGAGUUAUUGAAAAUAGAAAUAAAGCCCGGAUGGAAAAAAGGAACAAAGAUCACAUUUGAAGGAAAAGGAGAUGAGAAACCAGGUUACCUCCCAGCCGACAUAACAUUUUUGAUCGACGAAAGAAGGCAUCCGCUGUUCAGUCGAGAUGGCGACGACUUAGACUUAGGAGUUGAGAUUCCUUUAGUGAAUGCACUAACUGGCUGUUCAAUCACAGUACCUUUAUUAGGAGGUGAAAAAAUGAGUCUCUCAUUUGAUAACAUCAUAUAUCCCGGCUUUCAAAAGGUUAUUAAGGGCCAAGGAAUGCCAAACCCAAGACAACAAGGAAUCAGAGGUGAUCUUCGCAUUGAAUUCCUUGUUAAAUUUCCCUCUGAGUUGAGUGAAGAACAAAGGGCUGAAGCUGCUACCAUCUUGCAAGAUUGUUCUUGAUCUUUCCCUUCAAACCGAUACCCAAUCUGCCUCCAUGUUUUCGAGAGAGAGUUCGAGAAGAGCAAUGGUAAGGUCAUUCUAUGAUCAAGAAAUUCGUUUCUGGAUUAUAAUGACACAAGAAAACAGAUUGGAUGAAUGACGAAAAUGAAGCAAUCACAGCAAAGCUCUACUGCAAUUGAAGUUUUUGGUCUGUUUGGGAGUGAUUCACUCAAAAAAAACAUGUUUUUAAUUACAAAAAUCCAAUUUUGAAAAUAUGAAAAAUGUGUUUAGAAAUAUAAAAUUAAACGUGAAAUAAUUUGAGUGAUUAAUGGUAUGUGUUUUUUUUAGUGAUUUUAAAAAUGACAAAAGUAAUUUUAACUAUUUUAAAAGCACUCCCAAAUAUGGAUUAAGAAACCAAAAUUGAGAAAAUUGAAUGCAAGAAUACCCAAAGGAUUUUAGGCUUUUGUGAAAUGUAUUGGGAAGUAAAUUUCAUCAAGAUGAACAAGAAUUGUGCAUGAACAUAACACUUCAAUUUUUCAGUGCAAUAAAUGGUGAAUGCAAAGGAGAGUGUCUUUGUUUCCAAUAUUAACAGAUAUAAAGAGGACUACAAUGAUGGAACUGUUUUACUUGAGAAAUAGAGUAGUGUCCCUCUUCACGUAACUUUGGAUCCACAAAUACAAGUGGACUAUCAAGAAAUUACAUUGCUUUAU